GGUUGUACGUUGCUUACCACGUACGCUUCUCUUGCCAUCUCUCCAGUUUUGGGACUUCGUGAUGACCGGUGGAAGUUCGACGGCAGAUGUGAUAAGGAAAAAGCUCGAUACAAUGCGACUUGAGAUAGAAGAACUUCAAAACACGGUCUUCGAUACAACAGAAAAAAUAAAAACCGAGGUAGCUUUGAAGGAGGCUGUCGAGGCAGAAGUCGUAGAAUUGCAGCGUCAGACGACGACUUUGGAAGAGCUAUUGAAGCAGGGUUCAACUCGUCUUGCUGAAACACUCGCAAGACUGGACGAGGCGACAAAAUCGGCCGAAGAGAGUGAACGUCACUGGCGCGGCAUCGAAAACCGACUAUACACUUACGACAAGAACAUAGAAGAGCUUGAAAAAACAGCUAGUGAUGCCAACUUUGCCGCAGAAGAGGCCGAUCGAAAGUAUAAGGAAGUCGAACGUACUCUCACUGUUACGGAGGAGAACCUACAUGUGGCGGAAUCCAGGGUUGCAGCGACAGAAAACCGAAUCAAGGAAAUGGAAGCAACUUUGAAGCAGCUCACUGGAUCACUGAAGGCAUUGGAAAUCAAGCAAGAAGAGUCCAGUGAACGUGAAAAAGCCUUGGAAGAUCGGCUGACGAUGCUAAAGAAGCAUGUAGAAGAAGCUGAAUCCCGAGCGAGCGCAGCUGAAGCUGAAGUGAACCGUCGUGGUCAGGAAAUCAAAAGGACAAGAGAAUUGAUUAAAGCAGAACACAGCGCCUACGAAUCUCUGCGACGUGAAAUGGAUACGAUGGUCAAUGAGUUUCACUCGAUCUAACUUACCCCUUUUGCUUGCCUGUCUGCAUGCGUCCGUUAUUCUAGGAUUUUAGGCUACCUUCACAGGCUCGCAUACCCCAGACCACGCCAUUUACGCAUCUGCAUGUUGUCCGGCUUGUCUGCCUUGUCGCCUUCGUUUUUUCUGAGCGGAUCAUCUGCGUCUACGCAUUUCCUCUCCGACAGUGCCAAGCACAUGCAGUGUAUGCUUGCUAACCCGUUUCAUCUCGGUAUGAUUGAUUGAUGUCUUGUUUGUACCAGCAAUCGAAUAACCCCUGCCCGCAUUUCCAUUUUUGUGUUUUGUUUUGUUCAUUAUUUCUGAUCGUUUCGCAAUUUCCCCUGCCUCAUAAAGAAGUUAACAUGUUUUGAAG